CUUGAUUUCAGCUAUUCUCAUAUUUAAUCAGAUUGUGAUUUUCUUCGAUAAGUUUUUAGCUCCAAUUAGCCCUCCGUGGCAAGCAUUAUAAAAUGGAGGCGUUCAAAACGCUGUUGGUGUUACUGAUGGCAACAACAGCCACUCUGGCGUUGCCCUACACGCGACUUUACACCCACGGGGACAGUUGGGGCGACCAAUCUCUCCCCCCAGCCGAUGAAGUGUCUUCCCUUGAAGUGCAACUCAGGGUGCCCUUUGUCUUCUACAAGGCUUCGUAUUCUUCCUUAUUUGUCAACAUGAACGGUUUUAUUUCGUUCCUCACCGAGAUCCCAUCCUUCUUCAACGUUCAGUUCCCUCUUGACUACCCAAUCAUUGCCGCUCUGUAUUCUGAUAUUGAUACCACUGGUUCUGGAACCGUUUCUUACAGGGAGACUACGGACCCUCUUACAGUAUCGCGGCUCAAGAGCGAGCUGGCAGCGUACUUCAGCGCCGCUGCAAACUUCAACCCGACAGGAGUGUUCAUCGCCACGUGGGACGGCGUCAGCGGGCACAAACUUAAGCCCAAAAAGACCAACACAUUCCAAAUCAUCCUGGCCACGGACGGGCACGAGUCGUACGUAGUUUUGCUGUACGCUGACAACGGCGUUCAGUGGCUACGCGGCAAAGGCAAGAACCCCAGCCUACCCGACGCCUUGGCGCAGGCCGGCUUCAUCUCUGGCGACGGCAGGAUGAAGCUUCUUAAAGGAUCUGGACAAGAUCAAGCAAGAAAUUUGGACAAAUGGAGCAACAUAGGCGAACCUGGAGUCUGGGUCUUCAGAGUUGGUCAGAUCGAACCUACAGAGAACAUAGCAGAGCCGGACAUGACGACCCCCAGGAGUGAGGACGCAUCGUGCAGCGAGGGUGGCCUCAUGUGCCACUCCUCCGCGUCUUGCAUGGACUACAACGAAGGCUUCUGCUGCAAGUGCCCGCCAGACACAUUCGGCAACGGCAUUAACUGCGUCAAGAGUGUUGAGCCUCUGCGUGUGACUGGGCGCGUGACAGGCAGCCUGAAUGGCGUGACACUCGACGAGGCCGACCUGCACUCGUACGUGUUGACUGCAGAGGGUAGGACUUACACCGCCGUGUCCAGGGUGCCUAAGACGCAAGGGUUCGACAUGCAGACGCUGACCCCCAUAGGGACAGGUAUCACUUGGCUCUUCGCUCGCCCCACGGAGGACGUACCUAAUGGUUUUACACUCACUGGGGGGAUAUUGAAUCGUACAGUCACCCUCGACUUCCCCCAGACUGGACACAGCGCCUCCGUCCAGCAAACGUUCUUGGGCUUGGACGUAUUUGAAAACGUAGAAGUGAACACUUUUCUGGCGGGAACACUGCCCAACAUACCGGACGAGUCCAAAAUAGAGGUGUUGCCAUUCGUCGAAGAGUAUACGCGAGUCCAGCCUGGUCGCCUGCGCGCGAAGUCGAGCCGCGUGUUCAGGCUGCAGGGGCAGGAGCUGGAGACGCCCUACCAGGUCGAGACGACCAUCGACUACGACGAGUGUCGCUACCUCGCGCCUCAUGAAAGUCCUGCUACACUCAGGCUCAAGGUUGCUGAGAACAUGUUCAUCCAGUACGACGCUCCGGAGAAGAUCGUGAGGUUCGCCUUGUCAUCUACCGUCGGGCCUCUAUCUCAGGAAGAUCCGUGCAUCAGAGGCCGCGAGCUGUGCGGACCCAACAGCGAGUGCGUCGUAGACGGCGACACAUUCAGGUGCGCGUGUAACCGUGGCUACGAGCAAGUGUUCGACCCCGCCUUGAACGCUGCCACGUGUCUGGAUAAGGACGAGUGUGGCACGGGCAGACACCAGUGUGACGUGAACGCAGAGUGCUACAACACACAAGGAUCUUACGCCUGUACCUGCCAUCAUGGAUACUCGGGAGAUGGCUACAGGUGCCAUUCGGACGUGAGCUGCGAGACAGCUGGAUGCGACCCUCGCGCUACCUGCUCCAUCGAGAACGGCCAACCGCGGUGCGCGUGUCCGACUCCGCUCACGGGGGACGGGCGUCACUGCGAGCCCGCGCACGGCUCAUCUCAUUCAGGGAGUCAAAUCCUUGGCUCUGAAAAAUGCGGAUCCACCACAUGUGGCGUGCACUCCGAGUGCAGGUUCGACGACACCGACAACUCCCUGAAGUGUUACUGCCGUCCUGGGUAUGAGGGUGACGGAGUGACGUGUCAACUUACUGCUAACUCAGUGAGCUGUCAUUACGCCGAGAACUGUUCACCUUACGGUUCGUGUCAAAGAAACCAAGAAGGAGAUUACUUCUGCGAAUGUCUGCCUGGCUUCACAGGCGAUGGUUAUACGUGCAAUCUCGACGCACCGUUUAACCGAGUGGACAGCAACUUCCCUUCCGAGAACAUAGUUCCUGUUCCCAUAGACAAAAUUCCUGAUUACGUUCUUGGAGCUGACUACAGUAACCUUCCUGUCGUAUUUGAGAAUAACCCCUACGACGGAUUUGGUCCUUUCCCGAUUCCGACAGACGAUGAGCACCCACAAGCAAGACCUGAGGUUGUCUAUGAUCCAUACUACGGCACACCAGAUGCGCAUGGCAACAUUUACCCGCUCGCUCCUCAGGUCAGCAAUGCGUCGGCUCAGGGAGUCAGAGGUAAUCACGCACCCGUGGGUGUUGACUUUGAUGAUGAAUCAUUGCGACCCGCUAUUUCCAUUGCUGUACCUGAUGUUCCAGCUCCGUAUCUACCUCCCCAGCCGCCUCAAGACUCUCUUCCUCGAUACGAUCCUCGAUUUGGAGGAGUCCCUCCAUAUGACACGGCUGAGGCUGGGGAGCCGAUAUGCACUUUAGGCACGUGCUUCUGUCCACCGGGACACAAGUUCAACAAAUUCACUGGGAAAUGCCACCCGCACUCAUAUGACGGCAGCUCUCACUCCGCUGGCGAUCAGUUAGAUCAGCGGCCGCAACCGUACUGCGGGCACGCGAAGUGCCUGUGUCCUGCAGGCUGGGCGUACGACCCUCGCUUCAACGUCUGCGAACGAGCAACUUCUGAUCAUGACGAGCGACCGGCGCCAGACUGUGACGGAAAGUUUCCAUGCGCGUGCCCGGACGGCUUCUACUAUCAUUUCCCCCACAACACUUGCGAACCUCAACAUGAGCGCCAACCAUCCUUCCCCCAACCAUCCUUCCCCCAACCAUCCUUUCCCCAACCAUCCAUUCCCCAACCCUACGGCCCUCCAUACGAAGCAGGAAAGGCUGGGGAUGAUCUACAUGGCCUACCUCAGUAUCCUGACUACUCUCUGGGCAACGUCUUGGACGAAGGUCGCCCAGUUCCAGAAUGCAGGGGCAGUCCUUUAUCUUGCAUCUGCCCGCUCGGUUUCGUCUUCCGUGGUCUCGGCAGAACUUGCUACCCGGCGAACAGCCCCAACUACAACUACGGCAUAAAAGGGGGUGGAACGCGCGAUUACUUCAACUCUGACGGUCAGAGACAGAACGGAGCAAGAUUUCCUGAUCCAUAUCCUGAUCAUAACGAUCGAGGACGUCACGAUGAUCGAUACCCUGACCAUGAUGAUCGAGGACGUCAUGCUGAUCCAUACUCUGAUCAUGAUGAUCUAGGACGUCACGAUGAUCCAUACUCUGAUCAUGAUGAUCGGGGACGUCACGAUGAUCGAUACCCUGACCAUGAUGAUCGAGGACGUCACGAUGAUCCAUACCCUGAUCAUGAUGAUCGGGGACGUCACGAUUUUCCAUACCCUGAUCAUGAUGAUCGAGGACGUCACGCUGAUCCAUACCAAGAUCAUGACGAUCGAGGACGUCACGAUGAUCAAGAUAUUGAUCAUGAAGAUCCUGGACGUUAUCCAGUCUUUCCGUCAGGGUAUGCGCCUGGAAGGCCUCUGCACCACAAACAGGAUUCACUUCUUGAGUUGUCGUGUGACGGGGAGGCCGUGUGCCACGACUACGCGGCGUGCGUGUAUGAGCCUCACAUCGACCUCCACGUGUGUCGCUGCAACCCUGGCUUCGUGGGUGACGGCUUCACGUGCAUCCGGCAAGAUUUUUCGUGCGACAAAGUGAACAUUUGUCACGUGAACGCCCAGUGUCUGCACGACGACCUCGAGAUGCGCUCCGUGUGCGUGUGCAUCUCAGGCUACGUGGGCGACGGCACCGUAUGCACGCCUGAAGACGACUGUAACAGUCUGCGUGACUGCGACCUGAACGCUCAGUGCGGCUACGACGACGCGACGCAGCGCUACCGCUGCAGCUGCAACCCGGGCUACCUGGGCGACGGCAGGAGCUGUGUGCCCUCGCCUGAUUCCAACUGCAACAUCAUCAACGACUGCCAUCACCACGCUGACUGCGUCUUCGACACCGUGGCACUCACACAUCGAUGCCAGUGCCGACCUGGUUACGAAGGCGACGGAAAAUUCUGCAGUGAACUCCAGCUUAACUGCAAGAUACUGCAAAACUGCGGCCAGUUCGCCAGGUGCAUCGAGUUUGCACCGCGGGAUUUCAGGUGCAUGUGCCAACAGGGGUACACAGGAGACGGUUAUUACUGUCAGCCGACACAGUCGUGUCAGCAAAACCCGUCCAUGUGUCAUACUCAAGCGGCCUGUCAGCCAGACCCUGUCAGCAGCCUCGGCUUCUCGUGCCAGUGUCAGCGCGGCUUCAUCGGAGACGGCUUCAGCUGCAUGGGCGCGGACGUGGACUGUUUCGCUGGCCGCUACUACUGGACUGACGUGCGCACGAGCACAAUACGAUCCUGCAACUACGACGGCACAGAGCGCAAGCCUGUCGUUAGCAUGGGCAUUAUCGGGUCUCCUGAGGACGUGGCUGUGGACUGGAUCUCGCGCAACAUUUACUGGACAGACUCCGGCAACGACGAGAUCGUGGCGUCGUCCAUCGAAGGCGGUCUUCGUCGCACGGUCGUCACGGGCGACCUCGUCAACCCGCGCGGCAUCGCCGUCCAUCCCGGCAGAGGGCUUUUGUUCUGGACGGACUGGAACCGAGAGGGCCCGAAGAUUGAGUCCUCUGGGCUGGACGGUUCGUACCGCCGCGUGCUGGUCGACAAGGACAUCCAGCUGCCCAACUCACUCGUCGUCGACUUCGAGACUUCCACUCUCUGCUGGGCCGAUGCCGGCGUCAACAAGAUCGAGUGCGUCGGUGUGAACGGCCACGACAGACGCACGGUCAUUCGGGGGCCCAAGUAUCCCUUCGGCCUGACGCUCCACCUUCACCACUUCUACUACACCGACUGGACCGAAGCCUUCAGCCUGACACUCUACCUUCACCACUUCUACUACACCGACUGGACCGAUCCUGAGACCUGUCCGCCGGUAAGCAACGCAUGUCAGGCGAACAGAGGCGGCUGUCCCGACGACAUGUUGUGCCUGCCUAACACCUCCGGCGGCCGUACCUGCGCCUGUCCCUCCAACCCUCCCGUGGCGGCCGACCAGUACCAGGGCUGCACUGAUAUUGUCCUCUAACUUCCCCCAACAGGAGAAGGCAUCCUACGCAAUAAUUAGGUCCUCCGUUCGAGAAAGUUUACUGAUAUUGUCCUCUGACUUCCCCCAAUAGGAGACGCGCCCUGCGCAAUAAUUAGGUUAUAACCUCAGUUCGGGGAAAUUUUGAAAAUACAAUGUUUCUUCAGAAUUGAAAUUGUUACAUUUUCUGGGCAAUUUUCUGAAUAUAAAUCUUCUCACUAAUUUUGUAAAAUGAAGGAGCAUAUUCAUGUUAAAACUUGUGCUUAACUUCCAUUCUUAGUAUGCAGUACGGUUAGUAAACAAUAAAGCAUCAAAUAUCUGUGAAAUUUUGAAAUAUUUUGAUAAUUGCCUUCACAUCUGAAAAAAAACUGCCACCUGAAUCAUAUCCGUCACUCACACGUAUUUUCACAAGUAUAUUGCUUCGCCCUCGCAAAAUAUGUUCCUAGACGAUAAUGCAUCCUUGGACAUGUAAUAACCAUUCGCCAAAACACCUAAUGAAAGAAAAAUAUGUUAAAUAAAUAAUUUCUAUUCUUUUCUAAUUGCUUUGAGUGAAGAAUUGUCCCUUAGACUCGAAGUCAUCUGAAUCUGACCAGAUUCGUUCCGAUAUCUUCGAGCUGCAGAAUUGACCCAUUGUAAAAAUUCAUUAGUAAUCAAUAAAAAUUAUCUAAAUUAACUAUACAAGUGGUACUUUAUUUUUUUGUCAGUUAAGAAUUGCUUUGGUUAACGUGAGAUUAGUUGUAAGCAAUUAGCACGUAUUGGAUGAUUGACUCGUAAUAUUUUUUCUGAGACUCUUCACGAGACUGCUGGAGAAUUUUCUCGAGUCUUCCUAGUGCUAAUAAUAUUCAUGUAAAAACUGAAUAACAAAGUUGGUGUGGUAUUUUUUAACGUUUUUUAGUUCUUCCUUUAAAUUUACACACGAUAAAAACAAUGAAAAUGUAAGUCUAGUUUGCCAUGACCUUCGUUUGUUCGUGCCUCACCUAAAAUAGACAAGGCCUCGUUUUGAAACAAAUGACCAGUUAAUGAUUUAUGACUUACUAUUUAUACUUAUAAAAAAAGGGCUAAUAAACUUGUGAAACUCGU